AUGGGCGUUCCUGGGUCGUGCACGCUGGCAUCUGUGGAAACUGUCACCACCUCCAGUUUUCUGGGCACCCACAUCUCCACAGACAUCAGGGCUCUGGUUAAGAAGGCUCAGCGGCAGCUACACUUCCUGCAUGACCUCAGGAAGAAUAACCUGGACAUGAAGCUGCUGCUGGUCUUCUAUCACUUCUCAGUGGAGAGUGUACUGACAUACUGUCUGGGUGCGUGGUACGCAGGUUCUCCAGCCAAAGACAGGAAGGCAGUACAGAGGGUCAUAAACACUGCCCAAAAGAUUAUCGGCUGCCCUCUAUCCAGCCUGGAAACCAUCGCCACAUCCUGCUGCCUAAGAAGAACCAAGCUGGGAAGCGCGAGAGGAGUCGAUCCAGAACCUGUUGUCCGUCCUGUACCUCCCUUUGAAUCAACUGCCCCGACUCUUCUCAGCCAGCUUUUUCAACUUAUCGACAGUCGUUACCAUGGAGAUGCCCAUCGAUGUCUCCUGGACUUCAUGAUCCCAGCAAAGUACAUCUUAGACACUGUACAGGAGGUGGCGUGUUCUCAGUUCUCUGGCACACUCUUCCUCUCUGGCGGUUGGCCUCUCUGCUUGUGUGACCAACUUGUUGUCCACCUUGCUCCCAUCGACUCCACCCUCCUUUGUCCAGGAGACUGUUACCUCCAGGUGGCACCUGGAGAUUGUGACCAAUCAGCUCGCCUUGUUGUCUGCAGCCUCCUUGAUACAAAGGAGGCUGGAGAGGAAAUAGUAGUCGAGGAGACGGAAAUCCCUGAAGCUUCCUACUCUUGGAUUUUCAGUUGCGCUUGGCUGGAAGAGAUCAACCAGAGCCGUCACGGAACACCCUUUAUCCGUUGCUUGCUAGCUAAAGAGGAGGGCGUGGUGAGGAUACCAUGGCAACAGGUAGCACUGCCUGAAUUUGUGGGUGGGCCACAGUGUUCGGGGAAAAGUAUGGCCUCUGCUUUUCCUCCCAUUCCUCCUCCUCCUCCUCACCAUUUGUCUGGUGAUGCCGCUGAGAAUUCUUACCCAAAUCUUCCACCAACUUUUUCUCCUCCAAAGGAAUUGGCACAAAGCUGUCAGAGUUCAGUUUUACCGCUGGCUUCACAUUCGUCUGCAUUUUCGGUGGAAACCAGAAUAUGUCCGGCCAAACAUGGCAUCGCUGUGUCGCUCUGCCUGGUGGACACGAGCAUCAGGUCUUCGCCUGGACUAGUUAGAGUGAAAGAGACGGAAACAGAGGCAGAGCUGGCAGGCUGGGUGUCCCCGAAGAUGUGGAACAACCUCUGUAUGGGGGCCGCUGCCGAAACACGUACAGGCAACGAUACAAACCCAUGCAGGGCUGCCGAAAAAUAUGCCUCUGAAAACACAGUGCAAGAUAAUAAAAAUAACAAAGAUCCAGGAAGCAGCGAGUUAGAGGUCUACACGGACGUAGCAGACAGCGAAUAUCUUGACAUCUUGAAGGCAAACAGGCAGCUUUUUAAUCAAGCUCAGGCACUAACAGAUCUCGGAGAAGCCAUGUACACCCUGCAUGAGAAGACAAGCUGGAACGAGCUCAAAGCUCAGGAGCCGAGGUGUCGAUACCGGGAGUCCUACCAGGCUGCAAUACAAAACCCUCUGACCUUUGGGAUGGACAAAGAGAGGGGGAGAGAGUUAGCUGUGGUGGAGGAGGACGUUGUUUCCCCAGAGGGGGACAAACCACCAGACGCCCAAACAAGAAAUCCAUGGUGUAGCACCCAAGACAUGUGGUGUGACACAGGAAUGCAAAACCAGUCUCCUUCCAUCUGUAAGGACUCUGGAGAAAUCUGCUGGUUUCCAGCAUGGAAACCAGCAGAUUUAGUUGCUGCCGCCUCUUUGGAUUUCAGGGAUAUAAGUGCAGUAAAAUGCAAAUUAGCAGCAGAUCGGACCGCUGAGCCGCUCGUGGAACCAGAGGAUCCUCCCCGUGCCACAAACUACAGCAACUUGCACAGUGUGAAUGGGACAAAAAUCCUCAGUUUUCCCAGCUCAGCUGAUUCUCAGCAGGCAGCGGUGGUGGACACCUCAGAGAGGUGUGAGCUGGUCUUUGUUGAAGACCAGAAUGUUAGAAGACAAUACACUGAUUCCUGCGCAGAAAUUCCCAGGCUGCACGUGGUCAAAUGUAAAAACAGCACUGCCUUUGGACUGGUUUCACCAAAGAUCAACAGAAGGAAGGUCGGCGUUCCAGGUGGCAGAGACAGGACAGGAAGGCCAAUAGUUGAAGUUUAUGGAGACCACCAGGGAUGGAGACCUUCUGUAACCAGCCAGGAACUCUUCCAGAUGUUCUUCUACUUCCACUCCAUCGCCAGUAGAGAAUUCAGAGAAACAGGGAUGAUGCUCAUUUUUGAUGCCAGGAAGAAAAACCCUCAGCCACAAUUCUACAAGGCCCUGAUGACACUUCAGCCUCUCCUUGUGCACACUGGACCCAACUAUAUUACGGAAUUCCAGGAGCAACAGAACUCUUCCAGGAAAGUUCAAAAGUUUAACUGCAAGCUGCAUCAGGUCACAAUAGCAACUUUAAUUCAGGAUGUGAAACUGUUGCAGGAGGAGGAUCCUCACACCCCAAACAGUUUGGUUCUGCUGGUGCAAAAGGAGAACAGCCAUCGUCCAGAGAAGUGUCCCGGGAUACAGACUGAUGUUGUGACGUCGAUCAAGUCGUUGUUGAAGUUGGUGGAUUUGACCCAGCUGAGCUGCCGUCUGGAAGGGACGCUGUCCCACGGACACCAGGACUGGACUGACCUGCACCAGAAACUCUUCCCAUUUGUGUCUGACCUUCAUGAGGUGUCUGUCCUGCUCCUGACUGCCAUCAGUAGGUUAGAGGAGCCACAGCAGAUGGACACGGUGCAGAUGGUGCAGCAGAGCAUGAUGGACCAGAGGACCCUGAUGAAGGAUGUCCUUGAGGACAGCCGCUUGGUGCGGCUGCAGAGGGAUGGUGGGUCCAUCCUGGCUCGGCUCAGGAAGGAGGUUGAUCUCAAAUACCCCUACUGCGAGAAUCUCAGGGAUGCUGUGGAGUCUGUGACCAGCCGGUAUAACCAUGUGGAAGAGCAGGCUCACAUUCUGGUGCAGAAGUCCAACAUGUCACUGGAACAUCUGAACUAUCUGCUGCAACUCCGAGACAUGGAGGGACACUUCAACCAGAUACAAGAGUGGUUUCAUGUAGAGGGAAAGCGCCACCUGCUGGAAGCUGAAUCUGUGGAGGAAUCUGGGGAUAGAAUGGAACAGAUUCUGAACACCUUCACUGCCUUCCUUAUUGAAGCUAAUGGCCGCAGACAUCACGCCUUGGCUUUAGUGUCCGAGGCGGAGCAGCUUCUGCAGCGUGGACCAUCUUACCCACAAAUGGAGGAAUUCAGGACUCUCGUGUCUACCUUCAAGUCCGGCCUGGAGGACUUUCUGUGCAGGGCCGAGGCGUGUGGCCGAGAGUUACAGCUCAUAGUCCAAGUCUGUGAUUUUUGUGAGCAGGCAACAUCUCUGGCUGACGAAUGUGAGGAACACUUAGACCGGAAUCACUGUAGCACCCAACACACACAAGCUCAAACAACAGCGCUCAUCAGUCAAGACCAGAACUCUGGACCAAGCUCAUCUGGUACCCAGCUUGAAUCUGACCAAACGUCUUCAAAGGUCUUCAUUUCAGGUGUUGAGAGAUCCAUUCUUCAGGACUUUCAAGACCAGUUUCUUCACUUCACCGCCGAGAAGUUCCAGGAGGUGAAGGACAAGGCCAGCGCUCUGCAGAGCUCUAAGGGGAUGCGGGUCUGGAACACAGCGUGGCUGAGGUGUCAGGAGGUCAGGCAGCAGCUUCAGGAGAGGAUGCAGGAUCUGGACGAGGGUCGUGACCAUAAACCACACGCUGGAAGCUGGUGUGAGCGUCACUACAUCGAUGUGGCGAGCACUGAUAUCCAGAGAGUGCCCCCUGGUGGCCCUACUGUGGUAGUACAGCCAACCCCUGGGUCUGGACAGCCACAGUGGGACAGCCCUGUGUCAGGAAGAAGGAAGACGGUCACGAGUUACAACAGCGAUAAAUCAACAACUAUGGCCUGCUGUGACAUCAUCAAAGCUGCAGAUCACAGGGGUGUUGCAGCGCGCCAGGGGUCAAAGGUCACGCCACAGUCACCUCACAGGUUGGUGAGGAGGUCAGAGAGCGACAUGAGGAGGAGACUGCCGAGCAGACGGGCGCGGAGCCAGAGAGACGCCACCGCUGAGGCUCAGUCCCACACCGUCGGUUGCCAGUGGUUUCCAUGGAGACGAGGUCUGGCAGUGAGGCUGGGGCACAAGGAGAGGUCACCCACUCCUCCAGAGCACCGGGUUCCACCAGCGGCGUCCUGCUCCCACCACGGGUCGCUAUCCUGUAGGAUCCUCCAGGAGGCGCAGAUGUUCCAGCGCUCUCGCCACGGGAGCUUUUGCUCAGAGGAACCAUGUGCCAUUGAGCGGGGACCUGCAGGGGCUGAAGCGCCUUCAUGUUUUAAACACAGCAGUCCUUCCGUGGGGAGAUGUGACCCCACGUCCUGUCGUUCCGGUAAUGCCCUGAGGCUGCAGCGAGUUCUGGAGGAGUUGGUCUCCACAGAGAGGGAGUACGUGCGUUCCUUGAUCUACAUCCUAACCCACUACCUCCCCCUGUUGGACAGAACAGACAUCCCUCAGGACCUCCGAGGCAAACGAGGCAUCAUCUUUGGCAACCUGAAGAAACUCUAUGACUUCCACAGUCACUCCUUCCUGCCCGAGCUGGAGGCCUGCCAGACGGAGCCUGCCGAGGUGGCCCGAUGCUUCCUCAGACAUACUGAGAGUUUUGGACUUUAUUCUUUGUACAGCAGGAACAAACCUCAGUCAGACGCUCUGAUCCUCCACAGUCACCACGACAUCUUCAAGAAAAAGCAGGAGGAGCUCGGGGAUGUGAUGGACCUUUCGUCCUACCUGCUGAGGCCAGUCCAGAGGAUCAGCAAGUACAGCCUGCUGCUGCAGGACAUGCUAGUCCUGGUUACUGCCGACAGGAAGAGAGACGUCGGCGUGUGUCUGUCGGAGUCAUCUAGCACUGAGAGGGAUGAAAUCCAAGCCGCUGCUGACCUGGUUUGCUUUCAGAUGCGCCAUGGCAAUGACCUGCUCACCAUGGAUGCCAUCCAGGACUGUGACGUGAAUCUAAAGGAGCAGGGUGAGCUGAUUCGCCAGGACGAGUUCACGGUUUUCUUCAGGAAGAACAAAUGUGUGCGCCGCCUCUUCCUCUUUGUGGACCUGAUCCUGUUCAGUAAAGCCAAGAGGACAGACAUCGGCAACGAUGUUUAUGUCUACAAACAAUCGUUCAAGACGAGCGACAUCGGGAUGACCCAGAACUCGGCUGUCAGUAGUCUGUGCUUUGAGAUCUGGUUCCGCAGGAGGAAACGUGAGGACACGUACACCUUAAAGGCCUCCAGCGUGGAGGUGAAGAAGGCUUGGACCACUGACCUGGAGAGGAUCCUGUGGGACCAGGCAGCUCACAGCAGAGAACUGCGGAUACAGGAGAGGGUGUUCAUGGGAGUCGGCAAUAAACCUUUCAUGGACAUUAAGCAUGACGACGCUGCCGUCUGUCAUGGUGGUACCGGCCCAGUCCCACUCGCCAAAAGUAAGUGCUGA